AUGUCAUCCUACCUCUUCCCUGACCUCAGCGCCGCCGAGAUCCUCACUUGCAUGAGCGAGCUGAGCAUUCCCUUCACCGAGGACGACCUCAACAAACCCUCACCACAGCGCAUGCAAAUGGUCUAUGAGACGUUUGCGGAUAUCUUGAUGGGUGUUACGAGGGAGAAUUUGGAUUCGAGUCUGCAGAGUAGUUCGGAUAUGGACUUUUUUGAGAUUCAUUCGGGGAGUUUGGGGUUGAUGGUGUUUCAUCAGAAGCUUGUUCGUCUGAUGAAUGAAGUUGGUAUUCAGAACUUUUCUGUUCGCGACUUGAUCAAGCCGGAACCCGGCUCUGUCCGUCGCAUCCUCUCCGCCAUCCUCAACUUCGCCAAGUUUCGCGAGGAACAAAUGCCAGUCCUCGACGCAUUCACAGCGAAAUCCGAUGAAGUUAUGCAGCGCCACGAACAACUCACUUUCCAAGCCCAGGAGAUGAAGACACGCCUCGAAGCACUGAAGAAGCAGCGUGACGAGGAGGAACCGUUGGUGCAGAAAGCUAGGGAGGCCAAUAUCGCACUUACGAACGAUUUGAAGGAACUGAAGAAACAGGAGACGGCAUUGACCAAGGACAACGACAUUCUGAGACGGGAAAAGGCAGAGUUGACGGAGAAGAUGACAAACUUGUCGCACUUAGUGGUAAACACUCAACAAGAAUGCGAAAAGAUCCGCGCAAGAAUCGUACACGACCCCGAGACAUUGAAAGAGACAAUCGCAAGCAUGGGCAACACCCUCAACGCCUCAAAAGCAAACGUCGCAGCAAUGGAAAGAAAAGCCCGCGAACUCCAAGCCCGCAUGGACGCAAUCGGCUGCGUCGAAGAAGACGUCGCAACCUGCCUCCGCAUCAUGGAAGAAUGCGAAACUGAACUCACCCGCCUCGAGGAAGCAUCCCGAAAAGUCUCUAAACAGCGCGAAAUUCACGACCAAAAACAAAUUGAAGUCAGGGAGGUCGAAGCGCGGGAACAUCAACUUCUCCGACAAUUCGAGAACGCAUCCGACAAAUUGGUUCGGGCGACGCAUCAAGCCGAAACCAAGCGUGAAGCGGCGCAGAAGAGGAUGGCGCAGAUUCGGGAGGAGUAUGCGCUCAUGACUGCGGAGAGGGGUGCGAGACAACAGGAACUCGAUAAGAAGCGCGCAAUGACGGAGCAGAUUGAGCAGAAGAUUGCGGAUUUGAGGGCGGAUGUUGAGGCGGAGGUACAAGGGCUGCAGGUUGCGUAUUCCAAGUUGAUGAGUCAUGUUGAUCUGUAUAUGGAGGAAAUGGUGCAGUGUAUGGAUUUGGUGGAGACGGCUUAA